GGUGGUUCUCCCCAGUAACUUGGUCACAGGCUCUAGGAAUGAACCAUCUGGUAUUACUGGGAAAGUAAGCAAGCCAAGGAGAGGUCCCAUUCCUUUAGAAAUUGUGCUAUAGUAUGUCAGGAUAUACCACUGAGUGUUAUUCUCCCUUCCCCUUUUUCCUUUGCUAAUUUGGUAGGUGAAAGUCCCCCCUCCAUUAGACAUUGCUCCCCCUCAUCAUGUAUAACUCUCUGCUAUUUAUCCUAAGUUACUUGUACUCAAGAGCUAUGCCAGGUGAAUUAGAACAGGACGGUCUCAGGGCAUAAUAUAAUUCCCCCAGAUUACCACAGGAUAAGCCUUGCGCUCUCUUAAUACUUAAAAACGUCACUGCUGCUUUGUCUUCAUGUAAUGGGUGUAAAGGACUGAACACCAUGCUUCUCACCGGCGGCUGGAGAAGAUAUUGCUCCAUAGGACCCGUUCAUUCUUCUUUGGGCUAUAAGAAGGCAGAGGAUGAGAUGUCCCGGGCCACGUCUGUUGGAGACCAGCUGGAGGCACCCGCCCGCACCAUUUACCUCAACCAACCGCAUCUCAACAAAUUCCGCGACAACCACAUCAGUACGGCCAAGUACAGCGUGUUGACAUUUCUACCUCGAUUCUUGUAUGAGCAGAUUAGAAGAGCUGCUAAUGCCUUCUUCCUCUUCAUUGCCUUAUUACAGCAAAUUCCAGAUGUAUCUCCAACAGGAAGAUAUACCACCCUGGUGCCAUUGAUCAUUAUUUUAACAAUUGCAGGCAUCAAAGAGAUUGUAGAAGAUUUUAAGCGACACAAAGCAGAUAAUGCAGUUAACAAAAAGAAAACAAUAGUGUUAAGAAAUGGAAUGUGGCAUACCAUUAUGUGGAAAGAGGUGGCAGUGGGAGACAUUGUGAAGGUCGUCAAUGGGCAGUAUCUUCCAGCAGAUGUGGUCCUGCUGUCCUCCAGUGAACCUCAGGCAAUGUGUUAUGUCGAAACAGCUAAUCUGGAUGGGGAGACGAACCUUAAAAUACGCCAGGGUUUGAGCCACACUGCUGACAUGCAAACCCGGGAAGUUUUGAUGAAGUUAUCUGGAACCAUAGAAUGUGAAGGGCCCAACCGCCACCUCUAUGACUUCACUGGAAACUUGAACUUAGAUGGGAAAAGCCUUGUUGCCCUUGGGCCUGACCAGAUCUUAUUAAGAGGUACACAGCUUAGAAAUACUCAGUGGGUCUUUGGCGUAGUUGUUUAUACUGGACAUGACACCAAACUCAUGCAGAAUUCAACGAAGGCGCCUCUCAAGAGAUCAAAUGUCGAGAAGGUGACUAACGUGCAGAUCCUGGUGUUGUUUGGCAUCCUCUUGGUCAUGGCCUUGGUGAGCUCAGCAGGGGCCCUGUACUGGAACAGAUCUCAUGGCGAAAAGAACUGGUACAUCAAGAAGAUGGACACAACUUCAGACAAUUUUGGAUACAACCUGCUGACGUUUAUCAUCUUAUACAACAAUCUUAUUCCCAUCAGUCUGUUGGUGACUCUUGAGGUUGUGAAGUACACUCAAGCCCUUUUCAUAAACUGGGACACAGAUAUGUAUUAUAUAGGAAAUGACACUCCCGCCAUGGCCAGGACAUCAAACCUUAAUGAAGAGCUUGGGCAGGUGAAAUAUCUCUUUUCUGACAAGACUGGAACGCUCACAUGCAAUAUCAUGAACUUUAAGAAGUGCAGCAUUGCCGGAGUGACCUAUGGUCACUUUCCAGAAUUGACAAGAGAGCCAUCCUCAGAUGACUUCUGCCGGAUGCCUCCUCCCUGUAGCGAUUCCUGUGACUUUGAUGACCCGAGGCUGUUGAAGAACAUUGAGGAUCGCCAUCCCACAGCCCCUUGCAUUCAGGAGUUCCUCACCCUUCUGGCCGUGUGCCACACAGUUGUUCCUGAGAAGGAUGGAGAUAACAUCAUCUACCAGGCCUCCUCCCCAGAUGAAGCUGCUUUGGUGAAAGGAGCUAAAAAGCUGGGGUUUGUCUUCACCGCCAGAACACCAUUCUCAGUCAUCAUAGAAGCGAUGGGACAGGAACAAACAUUCGGAAUCCUAAAUGUCCUGGAAUUUUCUAGUGACAGAAAAAGAAUGUCUGUCAUUGUUCGAACUCCUUCAGGACAACUUCGACUCUACUGCAAAGGCGCUGAUAAUGUAAUUUUUGAGAGACUUUCAAAAGACUCAAAAUACAUGGAGGAAACAUUAUGCCAUCUGGAAUACUUUGCCACGGAAGGCUUGCGGACUCUCUGUGUGGCUUAUGCUGACCUCUCUGAGAAUGAGUAUGAGGAGUGGCUGAAAGUGUAUCAGGAAGCCAGCACCAUAUUGAAGGACAGAGCUCAACGGUUGGAAGAGUGUUACGAGAUCAUUGAGAAGAAUUUACUGCUACUUGGAGCCACAGCCAUAGAAGAUCGCCUUCAAGCAGGAGUUCCGGAAACCAUCGCAACUCUGUUGAAGGCAGAGAUAAAAAUAUGGGUGUUGACGGGAGACAAACAGGAAACUGCAAUUAAUAUAGGGUAUUCCUGCCGAUUGGUAUCGCAGAAUAUGGCCCUUAUCUUAUUGAAGGAGGACUCUUUGGAUGCCACAAGGGCAGCCAUUACUCAGCACUGCACUGACCUUGGGAAUUUGCUGGGCAAGGAGAAUGAUGUGGCUCUCAUCAUCGAUGGCCACACCCUGAAGUACGCACUUUCCUUCGAAGUCCGGAGGAGCUUCCUGGAUUUGGCACUCUCGUGCAAAGCGGUCAUAUGCUGCAGAGUGUCUCCUCUGCAGAAGUCUGAGAUAGUGGAUGUGGUGAAGAAGCGGGUAAAGGCCAUCACCCUCGCCAUUGGAGAUGGCGCCAACGAUGUCGGGAUGAUCCAGACAGCCCACGUGGGUGUGGGAAUCAGUGGGAAUGAAGGCAUGCAGGCCACCAACAACUCGGAUUACGCCAUUGCACAGUUUUCCUACUUAGAGAAGCUUCUCUUGGUUCAUGGAGCCUGGAGCUACAACCGGGUGACCAAAUGCAUCUUGUACUGCUUCUAUAAGAACGUGGUCCUGUAUAUUAUCGAGCUUUGGUUCGCCUUUGUUAAUGGAUUUUCUGGGCAGAUUUUAUUUGAACGUUGGUGCAUCGGCCUGUACAAUGUGAUUUUCACCGCUUUGCCGCCCUUCACUCUGGGAAUCUUUGAGAGGUCUUGCACUCAGGAGAGCAUGCUCAGGUUUCCCCAGCUCUACAAAAUCACCCAGAACGGCGAAGGCUUCAACACAAAGGUUUUCUGGGGUCACUGCAUCAACGCCUUGGUCCACUCCCUCAUCCUCUUCUGGUUUCCCAUGAAAGCUCUGGAGCAUGAUACUGUGUUGGCCAGUGGUCAUGCCACCGACUAUUUAUUUGUUGGAAACAUUGUUUACACAUAUGUUGUUGUUACUGUUUGUCUGAAAGCUGGUUUGGAGACUACAGCUUGGACUAAAUUCAGUCAUCUGGCUGUCUGGGGAAGCAUGCUGACCUGGCUGGUGUUUUUCGGCAUCUACUCGACCAUCUGGCCCACCAUUCCCAUUGCUCCAGAUAUGAGAGGACAGGCAACUAUGGUCCUGAGCUCUGCACACUUCUGGUUGGGAUUAUUUCUGGUUCCUACUGCAUGUUUGAUCGAAGAUGUCGCAUGGAGAGCAGCCAAGCACACCUGCAAAAAGACGUUGCUGGAGGAGGUGCAGGAACUGGAAACCAAGUCUCGAGUCCUGGGAAAAGCGGUGCUGCGGGAUAGCAAUGGAAAGAGGCUGAAUGAGCGCGACCGCCUGAUCAAGAGGCUGGGCCGGAAGACGCCCCCGACGCUGUUCCGGGGCAGCUCCCUGCAGCAGGGCGUCCCGCACGGGUAUGCUUUUUCUCAAGAAGAACACGGAGCUGUGAGUCAGGAAGAAGUCAUCCGUGCUUAUGACACCACCAAAAAGAAAUCCAGGAAGAAAUAAGACGUGAAUUUUCCUGACUGAUCUUAGGAAAGAAAUUCCAUUUGUUGCACCCGGCGUUAAAACAUCUUUGUCAGAAAAGACUGGCGUCAGCAGCCAAAACACCAGAAAACACAUUUCUGUGGCCUUAGCCAAGCGGUUUGUUAGUUACAUAUUCCCUCGCAGACCUGGAGAGUACACCGCAGGGGAAGCCAUCUUUUCCCUCCCAAUUUGUCUGCAGUGCUUAGCCUGACUUUUGUGUACGUCGUCAUGAAGCAUUCAACUGUGCUCUGUGAGGUGUGAAAUUAAAAACAUUAUGUUUCACCAAUAUUUAAACAUCAGUACUAGUUGUCCCGGGAGAAGGGGAAAGGAGUUUUAUGUUGCGUGAGAGGCCCAUCCUGUGUAAUUGGAGCAGGGCACACUUGCUUCCUGUUUGGUUAACUCACAGAUUAAGUCCAACGGGCCACAUGCAGACUUCACUGUAGGCAGGUUGCUCUCCUGUUUCGUUUGUAUGAAGUUGGCAUAAACUUCUUGAUUGCAGUGAAAUCACAAAAAUCUAUUCCAGGGUGGUCAACGUGAGAACAUUUAUUUGAAUCUCUUUGCCACAUUUCCAGCAGGGUGAACCCACUGAUGCUCUGGCAGAAUCUUACGCACCCUCUCCAGGUGCACUCGGCCCAGUCCCGCCACCGUGUCCAGGUGCCCCUCACCCCCACGUCUGCUGCAUGGCUGGCCAUGGCGCUCAGUGCAUGGCAGCUGGUGGGCAGCCAACCCAAACCCGCGCCUUUCCUUGUUCCACUGCAGACUCAGAUACAGAUGCGAAAAAUUCCUUCUUCCACCGCCCUUCUCGUUCUGUAAAGAAAAGAAACAUAGCCUUUUCUGCAUAUAUUCUAAAUGUCUCUUUGCCUCUGUCUGACAUGGGGCCACCACGCAGGUCAGAGUGGUGGUAGAACCCUUCAGCACUCCCAGCCGCCGUCAGGCUCUGAAUACUCACCUCCCAACCUCCGGACUGCCCGGCCUUUGGCAUCCACUUAUAUUAGAACCCAUGCUUGUUUCAGAGCACAUUUUGGACUUUCACUGUUGGGAACUGAAUGGAUUUAUAACGUGCCUGUGCAGCGACGGAACGCACCUGUCGCUCUUAGCUCUAGAGUCAGAGGAUGAGUAAACCCAGUUCCAAGAGUAUAGGACAUUGAGCGGGGAGAACAAGAUAGCCACAGAAGUCCUCAGAAGGAGAAGGAAGGGCACGGAGACACUGAGAGGAGGACACAGAGGAAUCGCCACCAGAUCUCUGCAGUAGAAACUCUGAAAUAAGCCUGAGACCCAGACAAUUGUCAUGAUCAGCCCAGUGUGCAUUAAAGCUUAAACAAGACCUUUACACACAGUUUUAAUUCCAGACGUUUCAGGGAAGCACCUUUUUAAAAAUAUACUGACAUGGUUUCCUUUCUGUAUCCCAUCUGUGUUAGACACAGGUACCUAUCGGCAUACGGCGCAUCCUGAAUUCUAAGACAAGGAAGGGAAGUGCUGAGUCACUGACUUUCCCAACUGCAGAGUCCCACACUCUUAAAUCUAACCAGAACCUAGAUGCCCUCAGGCAUGAAUGUGAGCACCUGGAGCCCUUAAUAAACAACCUGCCUGGAGCCCUGUUCUCUGCUCUGCUUGCAAACCAGAUUUCGGAUGGCCUAAAUACUUCUGGCAACUGUUACUGGUGAAAAUGGGAGUUGAGAGCAUGUUUUGGAUUUUCACUGUUGGGAACUGAAUGAAAUUAUAACGUGUCUGUGCAGCGAAGGAGCACACCCAUCACUCUUAGCUCUAGAGUCAGAGGAUGAGUAAACCCUAUGGGGAUGAACGUGCUAAAUUAGGAAAUAAGACAUUAGUGCACUUUGCUUCCUAACCCUUCAUUUUCAGAAAUCUACAACUUAUUGGGCAUGGAAAUAAUUUAAAAUAUGAUGUGCAUUGACUAAGAAAACCAGUCUUCACCUGUGAGGUGACCAGAAUGCAGAGAGGGCCUGAGGGGCAGCAGAACAACGCCAUUCACAUUGCUGAGGCUCCCAAAAGGGCCGUUUCUUUCUCCCCAAGGUGCAUAAAGCAUUUUUAAAUACUAGAGCACCCAGCAAGACUGAAGGACUGUCACGCAGGAGCUACAACACGAAAUGUGCCUAUGACUAACACGACAAACCCAGAAAGAUGAUGACCAAAAUACCCAGAGGAGAAAUGAAAACUGGAACUGAAUGUGCUUUAGGCAUCUUAACUGUUAGUGCCUGGUUUCGUUUGGGAACUAAGCCCGUUUGGAAAGAGUGGAUUAAAAACUCAAAUCUUUGUCAGGCAAUUAGCUCUGUCUUGAACUUGAAGCCUUCCAAAUCAGAA